AUGCCACCGAUAACAAACUACAGGACGAUUGACAUCGACAGCCUUGAUCCAGAGUCAUCCGCAAAUUUCCCAAUUUCCUCACUACUUCCCUCAAAUCUACCUCCGCCUACAACAUCCAGCGCCGCAGCAAGUCUCGGGUCGCAGAUCAGACAGCUGCUCCGAUCCGGCGAUACUGAAGGAGCUUUGCGCCAUGUCCUCGAUUCAGCGCCGCUAGGGGGUGAUAAUAGAGCAAAGGAAGUCCAUCUCGCUUCGGUCGUGGAGGUAUUGCAGGGUAUACGACAGACCGAAAUGACAAAAGUGCUAGAAGGAGUAUGCAACGGUGAAGGAGGCGCCGAACGGGGGGAUUGUUUGAUGAAAUACUUGUACAAGGGUAUGUCUAUACAGACGGGCAGUGAUGCUGGCUCAAAGUCAGUAUCCCCACAGAGCACCGGUUUCUCCCAGAUACAGGGCCGAAAUCUUGGAGAAGGCGGAGGUGGUCAGCAGAUGAGCGUACUACUGAGCUGGCAUGAGAAGCUAGUUGAGAUUGUUGGAGUUGGUUCAAUUGUACGGGUUAUGACUGACAGGAGGACGGUUUAA